AUGCCUCUCGAACUUCAACCCGCCACCGAAGCCGACGCGCGCCGAGCAGCCGAGAUUGAGUCUGCAGCGUAUGGGCCGAACCCGUUCAGCCAGAUUCUAUUUCCGGGGCCGUUCCCUCCGGAGGCAGUAGCCGGGCGCGGUGCUCAACUAGCCGCCGAGCUCAAGAAGGACCCUACGGUGCGCUGGCUCAAGGUAGUCGAUACGGAUUUGCCCGAAGGCGAACAGAUGAUUGCUUUCGCCAAGUGGCACAUCUACAUCGAGAAGCCGCCACAGCCAACGCCUCGGUCAUUUGGCUCAGGUUGCAACGCUGAAGCAUGCGAACUUGUAUUUGGAGACCUUGCGAAGUUGAGAUCGCGUAUCUGGGGCGAUAAGCACUGCGUUUACCUCUCGCUCCUCCACACCGAUCCUAAACACCAGGGCCGGGGCGCUGGUAGCAUAUUAACUAAAUGGGGUCUCGAGGAGGCGAAAAGGCUCAACCUUGUUGUAUAUCUCGAGUCUUCCCCAGCAGCUCACUCGCUAUAUAAGAGGCACGGGUUCCGCGAUAUUGAGGUCCUAACAGCCGACCUUAGUAAGUGGGGUGCGACGGAGGAACAUAAGACGUGGUCGAUGAAGUAUGAUCCGUCUGAGAUUGCUAGUUGA